UAGUGACCACGCCGGCACGUGACAAUUCGUUUCGUUGCAUGUCCAGUCGAUUUCCAACUAUACGACUCUGUAGACCUCUGUUUCUCACCGCUCGACAUAUUCAAACUUUUCGUCACCCAGUUUAUGGCCGCGGUCCUUUUCACUGGCUCCCAAUGACUCCCCCAAGCCCAAAAAUAGGUCAAGUUCGGCCUCCACCUGAAAGCGACCAGGAAUCUUUGUACCCUGGAAAACGACCGAGAACAGAGAAAGAGAAAACAUCAUCUAAAUCCUCUCAAAAGACUCACAAGCUUGUCAAGAAGAGUGAGAAGAGAUUGAAAAAGCAACGUGAACAUCAACCGGAACUGUGUUCGCCUGAACACGUUCAGUGGCUAGAUAUCGUCAAUCUACUUGGGGAAGAUGUCGUCAACGACGCGAUCGAAGAGGGCAAAGAGUUUCAGUCGCCGUUUGCUUUUCACGAGGUGGUGGAGUUGGAGGUGAAAGCAAUAUGUUCCAACGGCGAUGGAUUGGCACAAUCAGACACCGUUCACGCACCACCAUGGGUUGUCGUUGUCCCUUUUUCUCUCCCGGGAGAACGCGUUCGCGUGAAGAUCUUCAAGAACAACCGAAUGCAUUCUGUCGCCGACUUCAUUGAAAUCCUUCGGCCCAAUACUGAAUUGCGAGACGAUAGCAGAGUGCAGUGCCGUUAUUUCUCCAAAUGCGGUGGCUGUCAGUAUCAAAUGCUAUCGUACGAAAGGCAACUCGAGUUCAAACGUAAUGUGGUGGCGAAGGCGUAUAAGAACUACUCUACCCUUAUAGAAUGCCAAAUCCCACCGAUACAGCCCACCAUACCUUCACCUUUGCAAUAUGGGUAUCGGACAAAGAUUACUCCCCAUUUCCAAGCUCCUCCCUCCAGACUCGACCGCGAAGUUUUGAAGAAAGAAGUAGUUGACGGAAGAGUACCGGACUGGUUGAAAAUCGGUUUCAAUCUCCAAGGUCAAAACAAGGUUCUCGAUAUUGAGGAGUGUCCCAUCGCUACGCCUGUUUUGAAUGAGGCCCUCCCAAGCGUCAGGCAAAAUAUCUACGAGACAAUACAUACAUACAAGAAGGGCGCUACCCUUCUUCUCAGAGAGUCGCUUGAUGCAACUGGAAAGACUGACCACAAAAAGUGCAUCACUUCAAAUCACGCCUCUGUCAGGGAAACAGUCGGAGAUUUCACAUUUGAAUACCUUGCCAGCUCCUUUUUUCAAAACAACAACAGCGUUCUGUCCUCUCUGACGACUUACGUCCGUGAUACCGUAUUCUCCCUCUAUCCUCCCGACGAUUCCUCACGUCCGACACACCUAAUUGAUACAUAUUGCGGGUCGGGCUUGUUUGCUAUCACGCUCUCUCCUUAUUUUUCCUCAAUCGCAGGCAUCGAAAUCUCGGGGGACUCCAUUCUCUACGCGAAUCAUAAUGCACGGAUAAAUAAUAUUCCUCCCGAGAAGAUAUCCUUCAGGAAAGGCGAUGCGUCGGAUAUUUUUCAGACCGUCUCCGAUUUCCCUCCGGAGAAGACGGUCAUGGUCAUCGACCCACCGCGAAAAGGAUGUGACGAUGCAUUCAUUCAGCAGCUUCUGAACUUCCGGUGCCAACUUGUUGCAUAUGUUAGCUGUAAUGUUCAUACUCAAGCUCGGGACGUGGGCAAAAUUCUCAAGGCUACGCAGGGUGAAGGAACGGGGAGGAGAUAUGUGUUGGAAUCUUUGAGCGGGUUUGACCUGUUCCCUCAGACGGCCCAUGUUGAGUCGGUGGCUAUCAUGAGGCUCGUCUAA